AUCAUCGCCUCUUCUCCAUAACUUUCGUCUCCUUGCGCCUUCGACGAUCCUUUUGUUGUCAUUUCCCCUACGCGAAAAAGUGGCAUGGAGACAAAAGCUGGACAAAAUGGUACAGAUUUACCCAAAGCAGAAAUAGACACAAGAGCACCUUUUAAAUCUGUCAAAGCUGCUGUCAGCCUAUUUGGUGAGGUAGCAUUUACAUCUGAUAGAUCUACUGUGAGAAAGCCAAAGCCUCCGCCCCCUGAGAGUGGUUUACCUAAGGAGACACAGCUUCACUUGGCUAAGAAGGAGCUUAAUAAGUACAGAGAACAGCUUGACAAUGCUGCAAAAACUAGGACCCAUGCGCUUGUUGAGUUAGAGAGGGUGAGAAGAACUUUUGAAGAACUGACAAACAAGCUCAAUGCUGUAAAUGAAUCGAAGGAACUGGCUCUAAAAGCGACUGACGUUGUAAAAGCUCAGACCAAGAAUCUUGAAGACGUGAGCUCUGUCGAGAAUAAUGGUCAUGAUGGUGGCUGGGAACAGGAAUUCAACAAUGCAAAGGAGCAGUAUGCGAUUGUCGUUGUGGAGCUUAAUGCAGCAAAACAAGAACUCAGGCGGAUCAGGAAGGAUUUUGAGGCAUCAGCGGAAGCAAAGCUCACCGCCAUUUAUCAAGAAGGCAAAGCGAAGCAGCUUCUUGAUGCCUGCAAUGAGAAUGUUGCUCAGCUUUCUAUGGAGAUUAGAACUUCUCAGGAAUCACUUGCGGAUGUAAAGCUUGUCACAGAGCAAGCCCAGCAGGAAGAAUCAAAGAUUCGCUCUGAGAAAGACUCUUCCAAACAGGCCUGCAAACAAGCGCUAGAAGAAACUGAGCGGAAAAUGGCAUCUCUGAAGAAAGAAUCUGAUCCUCAAGUUCUUAAGAACCUCGAGGCCAAGCUGGCCGAAACGGCUUCUGAGAUUGGAACUGUGAAGAAGGAAAUGGAAGUUGCCCGUGUUUCAGAUUUGGAGCUUUUUACGGCCAUGGGCGCUGAGCUUGAUGGUGCUAAAGGGAUGCUGCAGAAACUGGCUGAAGAAGAGAGUUGGUUCAGGAGUUUGGUGGACUCCCUUAAGCUGGAGUUGGGAGCUGUAAAGAAUGAGCGCGCAGAGCUCAAAGAGAAGGAUGCAGAAACUGGAUUUGUUGUCAGUAACCUUAACCUCAAAAUUCAGAAAUGCAAAGCUGAGCUCGAGGCCGCCAUGGCUGCAGACUCGAAGGCAACUUCAGCAUCGGAUGACCUAGUGUCAGCUCCCCAGCAGCUGUCAUCUGCAGAAAAGAAGAAAAGUGGCGAAGAGCUAAGAGAUGAAGCAGAAAAGAAGCUGCAGGGAGCCCCGACGGAUGCUGAUGUUGCUGUAGCAUCAGAGGCUAACGUAACAAUCUCAAAAGAAGAGUACGAGUCAUUGACAUGCAAGGUGGAGGAGUCUGAAAGGUUGAUGGAGAGGAAGGUUGCUGCUGCAAUGGCACAGGUGGAAGUCGUGAGAGCCAGUGAAAAUGAGGUAAGCAAGAAACUUGAGGCAGCUCAGAAGGAGAUGGAGGAGAUAGAGGCAGCAACGAAGGUGGCACUGAAGCGGGCAGAAAUGGCUGAGGCUGCAAAGAAUGCAGUGGAAGGAGAGCUUAGGAGGUGGCGAGAUAAGGCACAGCAAAGGGCUGGUGAGACACACCAGUCAGCAGGAGCAUUGCCACCGAGGCCCACAGUUCAUAAUGUGAAGCCAGGAGAGAAGAGUGAAGAGCACCGAAAGGUUCUUAAAGCAAUGGCUUCGAGGAAGACAUUCCUGUCCAACCUCAGCGGUAUACUUCACAGGAAGAAGAGCUCCGUCGAUGGUGGUGGUUCCCCAUCUCAUCCCCCAGGCGAGAAGCCUCUGUGA